GCCCCCUCUGCGUUGGUCACGGAAUGGAGGUCCCGAGGUUUUGAGCGCCGCGACCCAGGGCGGGGCGGGGCGGGCAGGGUGGGCCUGUGGUGGCUCUGUCCCCAGACUCUUCAGGGACGUCUCUCCCUGCAUUGCAUUUGGUACGCUCCAGCAGAAGAGGCCAGGCCCAGCCCGGGCGGUACAAUAGGGUUGGGCCGUGGCCGGGACUGGGCCAGCGCCGGGCACAGAGCAGGAUCUCGGCCGGAACCCACAGACAGUGGGCGGCCGGCGACCCCGAACCUCGCAGGCCACCAGCCUCGACUUUCCUGGAGCGUCGCCGCCUCCGAGUCGUUGCCCGCCUGGCGGGCCCGGCGUGAUGCUCCGCGGGACCCCUGUCCUGGCUUCGGGCCGCCGCCGUCGCCGCCGCUGAGACCCCAAGACCCCCAGUGACGCCGCAGCCAUGGAGAGCGGCCCGCACGCGGAGCCGGGUCCCGGUGCACCCCCAGCUAUGAUAGCCAGAAUCCCCCCAGAGCCAAGACCUUCUCCAGAAGGAGACCCUUCACCCCCACCACCGCCACCACCAAUGUCAGCCCUGGUCCCAGACACUCCCCCGGACACCCCUCCUGCCAUGAAGAAUGCCUCUAGCCCUAAACAGCUCCCAGUGGGACCAGAGAGUCCACCAGGGCAGGUGAUGCCUAGGCCAGCCCCCCUGCAAGAAGAAUUCCCUUCUUCAGAAGCAAAAAGCAGGGGACCCACCCCACCAGCCACAGGCCCACAGGAUGCCAGGCCUUCUCGAAGGAGCAGCCAGCCAUCCCCAACUGCAGUGCCAGCCUCCGACAGCCCCCCCAGCAAGCAAGAUGUAAAGAAGUCGGGAGAGAGACACAAGCUGGCAAAGGAGCGGCGAGAAGAGCGGGCCAAGUACCUGGCGGCCAAGAAGGCAGUGUGGCUGGAGAAGGAGGAGAAGGCCAAGGCCCUGCGGGAGAAGCAGCUCCAGGAGCGCCGUCGGCGGUUGGAGGAACAGCGACUUAAAGCUGAGCAACGCCGAGCUGCCCUGGAGGAGCGACAGCGGCAGAAGCUGGAGAAAAACAAGGAGCGCUAUGAAGCAGCCAUCCAGCGGUCAGUGAAGAAGACGUGGGCUGAAAUCCGGCAGCAGCGCUGGUCCUGGGCAGGGGCCCUGCACCACAGCUCCCCAGGACAUAAGACCAAUCGCAGCCUGCAGCUGAGUGCAUGGGAGAGCAGCAUAGUGGAUCGUCUGAUGACGCCCACCCUCUCUUUCCUGGCUCGGAGUCGCAGUGCGGUCACUUUGCCCCGCAACGGCCGUGACCAGGGUAGGGGCAGCGGCUCUGGGAGACACCCCACGAGGGGCCGGGCAGGGGCCCGCCUCGCGCCUGGGCCGCACCCCGACCGCACUCAUACCUCCGCAGCCGUGCCCGUUUGCCCGCGCUCGGCCUCCGCCAGCCCCCUGACACCGCCGUGCAGCGCCCCCCGGAGCGUGCACCGCUGCACCCCGGCCGGGGAGCGCGGAGAGCGGCGCAAGCCCAGCGCCGGGGGCAGCCCCGCUCUGGUUCGCCGUCGGCCGGAGGCCUCUCCGGUGCAGAAAAAGGAGAAGAAGGACAAGGAGAGGGAAAACGAGAAGGAAAAGAGUGCCCUGGCCCGGGAGCGCAGCCUCAAAAAGCGCCAGUCGCUACCUGCAACUGUGCGGCCACGUCUCUCUGCUGGCACCACCUCUGAGCUCAGCUCCAAGUCCAAGGCCCGGCCAUCCUCUCCCUCCUGGCACAGGCCUGCCUCCCCCUGCCCCAGCCCAGGGCCAGGACACACUCUGCCCCCGAAACCACCGUCCCCCAGAGGCAUCACCGCAUCACCUAAGGGGAGGGUUCGGAGGAAGGAGGAGGCAAAGGAGAGCCCCAGCACAGCAGGGCCAGAGGACAAGAACCAGAGCAAGAGCAGGGCAAGUGAUGAGAAGGAGCCAGCAGCUCCAGCCUCACCAGCACCCUCACCUGUGCCCUCGCCCACCCCUGCCCAGCCCCAGAAGGAGCAACCCACAGCAGAGAUCCCUGCAGGUACUGCUGUCCUGACCUCACCCCCAGCGCCGGCUCCCCCAGUGACCCCUAGCAAACCCAUGGCUGGCACCACAGACCGAGAAGAAGCCACUCGACUCCUGGCUGAGAAAAGGCGCCAGGCCCGGGAGCAGCGGGAGCGCGAGGAACAAGAACGGAAGCUGCAGGCAGAAAGGGACAAAAGAAUGAGGGAGGAGCAGCUGGCGCGGGAGGCCGAGGCCCGGGCACAGCGAGAGGCCGAGGCCCAGAGGCGGGAGGAGCAGGAGGCCCGAGAGAAGGCGCAGGCGGAGCAGGAGGAGCAAGAGCGGCUGCAGAAGCAGAAAGAGGAGGCCGAAGCCCGGUCCCGGGAAGAAGCAGAAAGGCAGCGUCUGGAGCGGGAAAAGCACUUCCAGCGAGAGGAACAGGAGAGGCAAGAGCGCAGAAAGCGUCUGGAGGAGAUAAUGAAGAGGACUCGGAAGUCAGAAGUUGCUGAAACCAAGAAACAGGACAGAAAGGAGGCAAAAGCCAACAAUUCUGACCCAGAUUCUGUGAAAGUUGUAGAGGCUCGACCCUCAGGGUUGCAGAAGGAAGCUGUGCAGAAAGAGGAGCCAGCUCCCCAGGAGCCACAGUGGAGCCUGCCAAGCAAGGAGCUACCUGGGUCCCUGGUAAAUGGCCUGCAGCCUCUUCCAGCACACCAAGAGAAUGGCUUCUCCCCCAAGGGACCUUCUGGGGACAAGAGUCUGGGUCGAACACCAGAGGCAAUCCUGCCCUUUGCAGAAGCAGAAGCCUUCCUCAAGAAAGCUGUGGUGCAGCCUCCACAGGUCACAGAAGUCCUUUAAGGGGUUGCCUUGGAUCCAGACAUGGCUGUGAGGGCUCCUCUGCGUCAUCUACCAGGAUGUCUGGAGGAGAAAGAGACAGAACACAGAUGGAAGUGGCCUGGGCCCCUGGGGGUGGGUCCUCUCUGUUGUUAAUCUGCACCUUAUAGACUGAUGUCUCUUUGGCUGGAGCCAGACCCUGCCCCUCAGUGCAUUCGUGUGCUCACACGCGCAGACACCCCCCAUACACACACAUACACUCACAGCCUCUCUGGCCUCCCCCCUGGGGCAGGGCCAUCUGUAGUAUUUGCCUUGGUUUGGUGGGGUACAGUGGAUGUGAAUACUGUAAAUAGCUUGUGCUCAGAUGCCUCUGUGUGGAGGGGGCAGGUGCAGGAGGCAAACCCUCCUUCCAAUGCUCCCUGGGGAGAUCUUCCUCUCUCUAUUUAACUGUAACUGAGGGAGAACCCAGGCCUGGGAAUGGGGGGACACCUUGGGCCACAGGAUACUGGUUGCUUCAGGGGAACCCAUUCCCCCACCCUCGCCUGGAAUCAGUGUUAUUGCAUCUGAUCAAACUUCUCCAGAAAUAAAGUGAGAAUAAUUCUGCCAAA